GAUAAGAUGUCUGCUGUGUUACAGCCACAUACCUCAAUAUCACUGUUUCACAGUGAGAGACAGAGACAGAAAGGUGGAGAUAGGAGGAGAGGGAACAAGAAAGUCGGAAAGGAGCGGAACAGAUGGGAAUGGGGAGGGUCUUACGACCUGCAUGGUGCAUGGACUGGGUCAAGAGACGGGCCAGGAGAAAGAGGAAGAGCUAAACCUGAACCUGCCAGUCUCCAGAUGCCAGAAAAAGCAUUCCAACCAGAGAACAAUGGCCUUCCUACCACCUCACAGUACCCAACUGGAUAUUUGUUUCAUUCUUUGUGUCUUCCUAGUCUUGAUCCUGGAGGUCCAUGGAGAAGACCCAACCAGUCAUCAUAUGGGCGGGGGUGGGGGGGGCUCACAGUGCGGGGAAUACAGUAACCAGGUGAUGGAGAAUGGGAUGUGUCACCUGGUGGCCACCCUGCCCCAGACAGAGGAACAGCGCUGUCCAGACAUGUUCCGUUGCACAGACGAGGUCUCCUAUUGGCUUCAUGAGAAUGAGGAGAGGAAACAGCAGAUUCUGUCACUGAGGGAGACCAUCUCAGAGCUUCAAGAGGAGUUGAGGAACCAUAGGCACCGUGUCAAAGUUCUGGAGCUGCAGAGUGAAGAGAAGAACCGAAUUAACUCAUCUUUGGAGCAUCGCUUCCAUGAAUUGGAGACACAUUAUGCCGAGGCCACCACACUAGUGCACUUACAAGGGACGCUCAUCUACGACCUUCAGGCCCAGAUCCAUAACCUGUCUCGACUGGUAGAAAAUGUACGGAGAAGCCCAGGCUGUAUGAUUAACAUUGUCCGAACAAGCUCUCAGAUGAGUGCAGAGGAGGCCCUGCAUCCAGAGGUUCAGCAUGUGCGGAACUGUCCUAUAGACUGUGCGUCUAUCUACUAUAACGGUGUGAGGCGCUCUGGUCUUUAUACAGUAGUCCCUUCCCUGGGGGCAAUGCCUGUCGAAGUUUACUGUGACUUGGAAACAGAAGGUGGUGGCUGGACGGUGCUCCAGCGACGUGUAGACGGCUCUGUGACAUUUGACCGGAGCUGGAGGGAGUAUAAGGAGGGUUUCGGGGACCUGCACUCAGAGUUCUGGCUGGGCAACAACCACAUCCAUGACCUCACCAACCAGGGAGACUACAGCCUCAGGAUUGACCUGGAAGACUGGAGCAACAAGCACAAACAUGCCCUCUAUGAGAGCUUCAGUGUGGAUGGGGAGGACAGCCAGUACAGGCUCCAUGUGUCUGGGUUCAGUGGUACAACAGAGGACUCAUUCAGCUGGUACCAUGACAAGCAGGGCUUCAGCACCCCUGACACGGGCAACAUCUGUGCUGAAAUUUCCCACGCGGGUUGGUGGUACAACCAGUGCUUCUACGCCAACCUCAAUGGAAUCUACUACAGGGGAGGUCGGUAUUCCCCCAAGGGGAAGAACCCUCUAGGACCAGACGGGAUUGUGUGGUACUCCUGGAAGGACUCAGACUACUACUCUCUGAGAAAAGUUAGUAUGAUGAUCCGGCCACGCACCUUCCGACCACGCAUGUCACCCUGAACAGCCUGGCUAAAACAACCACCCCUGACAACGGUCGGGCUGUACAAUGCCUCACCUAACCUGAAGACAUCACAGAUGUACACAUCUGUGGUGCCACCACACUUUUACAGUGAAAUGUGUGGAAGCCGUUCUUCCAUGAUCUGAACCAGGAUGGAAACAUAUUUUUGUAAGAUAUGUUGAUGUUUUGCAUAUAUUUUCGCAUUUGUGGCAAUUUGCAAAUGUGGCCAAAGUACAAAUAAGAUUGGCGGUGAAAAAACAGAAGGGCGGACUCCCUCAAUGAGCUUCUCACUCAACUUUUGAUAUUGCCAUUGUUCUGGAUAUUGAGAUAUGUUAUACUACAGUCUCUGGACAAAUACAGACAACUGAUAUUUUGGUGUACUCUGAUUGUAAUCAUGCAAACACUUUUUAUCAAUGGACUCCAUCACAAAAACAAAACCUUACCCAUUAAAUACAAGAGACAAAUAGUAAUGUAUUUUCUGUACUCUAAAUGUAUUCCAAAUACAUUUACAAAGGUAACACAUUAAAAUAUAAACCAAAAAAUAUUUUUGGCUUCAUGAAAAAGUAUAUUCCUGUUCUGUUUACUGUUAUCCAAAAAGGAAUGAGGCAAACCUAGUUUAGCCGGCCCGCAAUUGAGAGUGAUCACUGCUGUUUCCCUCACUGGACUCGAACCCUGGUCUCGCACGCGAGAGGUGGUGUCUUCAACUACUACACCACAGUGUUAUACGCUCACCCAGCGUCGGUAUAGCAUCUCUACAUUAGAUAAUUUUGUCACGCAUUCACAUCAUACCAAGU